AUGAAUACUAGGAAUCCUAUAGAGGAUAAAAGUUCAGGAAAACCUUCUCCACCAAAUAUCACUGAAGUAACCUAUAUGAGUGUAGAACUUGAUUGGGAAGAAGAAGUGAACAGAAUUCAUGAAAAAAUGAAACAACAACCCAAGAAGCUGAAUCUAUUAGCUGAAGUCAUUUUAAAAAAGGAUUCAUCCGAUGAAUGGGAAAAUGCAUAUAUUGGUUAUGAUCAUCAGUGUAUCUGUAAGAAUUUAGAUCCAGAAACCUCGUAUUGUUUUAAAAUUCGUUUUAAAAAUUUAAAACAAUAUGAAAAUUGGAGUGAUACAGUACAAGUACAAACGCAGAAACUACCUGUAACUGGGCAUGAUAUACACACUGCAUUGAAACAAAAUAAUGCAAUUCAGUUACGAGAGUUGCUGGAAAAAGAGCAAGGAUGCAUUGAAGCACCGGAUAAUCUGGGAUUUACGCCUUUAAUGUACUGUGCACAACGCAAUCUACCCGAUAUGAUGUCUAUUUUACUGGAAGCCAAUGCGAAUACAGAGACAGAAACUAGUACAGGGAAAACUGCACUUAUGUUUGCCUCAUUCAAGGGAAAUACUGAAUGUAUGGAACUACUUCUUGAAUAUGGAGCUGAUGUUACUCAUGUGGAUAAAAAUGGUUUAACUGCCUUACAUAUGGCUGUAGAUGGAGAGCAACCGAAAGCUAUCCGAUUAUUGGUUAAUUCUUCAGCAGAUAUAGAAGCGGUGGAUAAUAAUCUUGGAUGGACGCCUUUAUUGCGUUGUUCUGCUCUGAAAAAUAAUGGAAAUGUAGAAGUGGCUAGAGAGUUAAUUAAACUUGGUGCAAAGAUUGAUGCACAAGAUUGUGAUGGUAAAACACCAUUGCAUAAUUGUAUUAUGGUUGGACAUUAUGAUUUAUGUCAAUUACUAUUGCAGAAUAAUGCAAGUAUAAAUUUGCAGACAAAUAGAGGACAUGAUGCCGUGAUACUGAGUGAAUCAGUUGGGAAUCAAAAAAUACAGAAACUAAUCAAGGAAUAUGCUAAUCAACAUUGAAUUGAAUAAUAAACAUCCAUCACGCUAUUUUACUGUCUGCAGUAAUAUGCACAGGUGUCGAAAGGAAAUGCACACAUAUCAUAUCACGACCAACUUUCGUGUCAAAUGCAUAUAUAUACAUUAGAUAAGUAACUUCUUUUCUGUGAAUUUCUGUUGUGUUGCUGAGAUUCAUUUUCAGGACAUUAAAGCCUUGAUGUCUUAUUCAUUUAAUAUUGAAAUAUCCUUCUGUUUGUUUUAAUGAAGACAGUACUUGUGUUUAAAUUAAUAUCAAUGUAAAUGUUCACUGUGUGUUUUGUAACAAAUAUAUAAUCAGCAGUUGUA